CCAGCGCUGCUUUGUAGCCGUCUGAACCCCGGAAUUCGGGGCGGAGGUGACCUCUCCGCCGCUGCUUCUCUCUCUCUCUCUCUCUCUCUAAAUUCGCCACCUGCCAGGAAAGCUGGACUGUCAGAUCGGAUUUGAUCGUUUUAAAAAAAAACGAAGCAAGUCUUGAUAAAUAACCAACUCCAGAAAAAAAAAAAGAAAAGGUGUCAUUUUGGAACUCUUAAAUUUGACUUUUUUUUUAAUAAAAUGAGGGGUUUCAUGUCUCUGAUACAAACUCUCGGCACUUUGCUUCUCUUUGCUGAGCUACAAGAUGUGAACGCUAAAAUGAAUAUUCCCAGACUCCGGCUACCCUACAAAGAUCUCUUGGCUGCCAACAGAUCUGUUAUCUUCUUCGGUUACCGUGGUUUCCUGGACUUCCGUUCGAUGUUCCUUGAUGAGUAUCACGACCGCCUUUUCAUUGGAGCCAAGGAUGCCUUGUACUCUGUCCGGCUGGACCGGGCAAGCAUCGAUGCCAGGGAGAUUUAUUGGCCAGCUCUGCCUGGUCAAGAGGAGGAAUGUGCCCUCAAGGGAAAAGACCCAUUUAGCGAAUGUGCCAACUACGUGCGGGUACUGCACCCUUACAACCGAACCCACCUGCUGGCCUGCGGAACGGGCGCUUUCCAGCCGCUGUGUGCCCUGGUGUACGUGGGGCACAGAGGAGAGCACGCUUUCAGGAUGGACAUGAACAGUCUGGAAAAUGGACGUGGCAAAUGCCCACAUGACCCGAACCGGCCCUUUGCGAGCACUAUCAUUGGUGAAGAGUUGUAUUCCGGACUGACAGCCGACUUUUUGGGAAGGGACCCCGUCAUCUUCCGCAGCCUGGGAUCCCGCUCAGCCAUGAGGACAGAGCUUGACCAACGCUUGUUGCAAGACCCCAAAUUUGUGGCUGCUCACCUCAUCCCAGACAAUGUGGACCGUGACAACGACAAGGUUUACUUCUUCUUCACUGAGAAGGCCGUGGAGUCGGAGGGCAAAGUCCAGGCCAUAUACAGCCGGAUCGGACGCAUUUGCGCAAAUGACGCAGGAGGUCAAAGGGCACUGGUAAACAAAUGGAGCACAUUCGUCAAAGCCAGGCUGAUAUGUUCUGUUCCAGGACCUGAUGGGAUAGACACAUACUUUGAUGAGCUUGAGGAUGUGUUUCUACUGAGGACUAAGGAUGAGAAGAAUCCAGAAAUUUAUGCUCUAUUUAGCACAAUAAGUAAUGUAUUCCAAGGCUAUGCUGUUUGCGUCUAUCGCAUGGCGGAGAUACGAGAGAUUUUCAAUGGACCUUACGCUCACAAGGAAGGACCUGACUAUCAGUGGACAGCUUAUGAGGGCAAAGUACCUUACCCAAGACCUGGAUCUUGUCCCAGCAAGAUCACCACCCAGCCCAGUCGGCAAUACACCAGCACCAAGGACUACCCAGAUGAUGUCCUCCAUUUUGCUCGCAGCCACCCUCUGAUGUUCCAGUCAGUGUACCCUAUAAAUCAGCACCCAGUGCUCAUUAAAACGAAUGUCCAGUACAAGAUGACACAGAUCGUGGUGGACCGGGUAGAGGCAGAAGAUGGGCAGUAUGACGUCAUGUUCAUUGGGACAGACACUGGGGUGGUCCUGAAGACGAUCGCUCUGCGGAAGGGAAAUGCCGUGCAGAGUGAGGAAGUCAUUCUGGAAGAGCUCCAGGUGUUUAAGAUUCCGAAUCCCAUCACAUCGAUGGAGAUCUCAGUGAAACGGCAACAGCUGUACGUUGGCUCGAGAGUGGGGGUAGCCCAGGUGAAGCUCCAUCAGUGCGAGACCUAUGGCAAUGCCUGUGCCGAGUGUUGCCUCGCCAGAGACCCGUACUGCGCUUGGGAUGGAAGCUCAUGUACCAGAUACCAGCCCGCCGCUAAAAGACGUUUCCGAAGACAAGAUAUUUGGAAUGGGAACCCCAUUCACCAGUGCCUGGAUCAGAGUUUGAUCGUGGAAGAGUUUGAUAGUGCGGAGGAGAGAGUGGUUUAUGGGACUGAACAGAACAGCACCUUUCUUGAAUGCAUCCCAAAAUCACUUCAGGCCACCGUCAAAUGGUUCAUACAACGAGCUGUGGAUGACAUGAAAGAUGAGGUGAAAACAGACGACAGGGUCAUCAAAACCGAGCACGGCCUCUUAUUCAGAAAGAUUUACCGAAUGGACGAGGGAACUUACUACUGCAAGACGAUGGAGCACGGCUUCACGCAGACAGUGACCAAAAUCGCGCUGGAGGUGAUUGAGAGCGAGCAGCUGGAUGAGAUCUUCAACCGCGACGAUGAGGAACACACCAACCGUCCCUGCAUGACUCAGCCCCGUCGGCUGCACAGCCAGAAACCUUGGUUCAAGGACAUCAUGCAGCUGAUUGGCUACUCGAACCUCCACCGGGUGGAGGAGUACUGCGAGAGGGUGUGGUGCAAUGAGAAACAGCGCAAGAAGCGCAAGAUGAUGAACAAGUGGAAGUUCAUAUCGGAGGGUGGGAGGAGAGGAAAGAGCAAGCCCCGCAACAGGACGCCCAGACACAUCACCGACACAUAGAGCUGACUGAACUCUGCUUGCAUUGUAAAUAAGGACCGAGCUCUAGAGGCCAAACUAACAGGCGAAGCAUUCCCAGAGCAGCAAAGUCACUUUUCAAAAUGGACACUUCUCCACUGAGGCUGUGAACGUUACCUCUGGCAAUUUUUGGAGCGAGGGUGACCAACGUCAAAAAAUGAAACCAAAGAUCCCCAAAAGUUUUUUACGUUCUCAGCUUCAAGCCCGACAUGGACCCGAAUCAAUUUUUCUUGAAUACCGUAUUCUUUUUUGAGUUUACUGCGCCACAGUCUUGCCCUUGUUGGUUUAGUAAAUAGAAAUAUAAUGUUAAACUCUGCCUAUUUAUAGAUGUUAUUUAAUAACUCAUUGGAAUUACUGGAUGUUCAGUGUGGGGGUGGGGGGGGGGGGAAGGAAUUUAAGCAAAUAUUUGAGCGGAAAGCAUGAAAAUAUAGAGCAAGGCAUGGUUACCAUGAGUUCAGUGUUAUCCAACUUAUUCAACCAUUGGUCUGUAUAUUGUUCUCAGUACAUAACAGUGCCAGGCAUAUGAUAUCUUCAGUCAGAGUUGUGGGGUUGAUCUGGCAAGGCUGACUCUACAGUCGUCUAUAUAAGCAUGGGUAAUACCGUAUAAGGGAAUCGAGCCAUCCAUUCUACUGCAGCAAGAUUCAAUUCUUUAUAUUCGCUUCUGUACUUUAAUGGCAGAUAUAUAAAGUUCGACCGGGAUAUUCUGAGGGAGAUUCUCUUAUCUUGAGAUUUUUUUCAUGGUUAACAUUUUAUAUAUGCUGGAGAGGAAAUUGAGCAAACUGGAUUUAUUGGGGUAUAGACUCUGCCCGAGAGCGUGGCUAUGUGGACCGCUGCUCAAGAAAUGGGUAUAUUUCCCAGUGGGUGUACUCUGGUUGAUGUAACUGGGUAUUCCAGUGGGUGGGUAUAGCUGGAUAAAUUCCAAUGGGUGUAUUCCCUUGGAAGCCCAGUUGAUACGUUUCAUUUUUUAGAAAGUCCUGGUUUGUACGUUGCUGCUCGGACAUUUUCUAAUGGCCAAGUCUAGUCAUAUUUGUUCUGCUUAAUUAGAACCAGACUUAAAAGGGAAACAAGCUGUGAUUUAUGUUGUGAACAGGUGACUGGGCAUUUAUCAGCAAUAUUUCACUAGAGCUAAAGGAAGAAAAAACUCGGUAUGAGAUUCCUAGCUGAGCACAGUAAAUUUCACUUUGUGUUUUCCAUUAAUCUCUGACCCUGGUAGUUAACAAUACUUGAUAAACUUAUUACCAACUCUUCAAUGAAGGCCUCAUUACAUGUUGUACAGAUUACACAUGGACUAUAUCUACCGCACCCAUCCCCCCCACACAGAUUCCAUUGGUUUGUACAAAGAUUUGAGAAAAAUACACUGGACCUCCUGCUGCUGAUGAACAAGAAACAGACUCGGGAAUUCAGCUCCCACUCCAGUUGCUGGUGCAUUAACGGUUUCUCCAACAGCUUACAUCAUCAUUGUGUGUCCCAAAGCUACGGCUGCCACUCCCCUCACUCCCCCACCACUCCCCUCACUCCCCCGCCUCUCCACUCAC